AUGGCACCAACUCAAUUAGAGAUUAAGGUUAAAUCUUUACAAAGAUUAAUGAAGGAAGAAAACUACUAUAUUCAGGAGAAGAAAGAUCAGAAAGAACUUCUUGAAAAAUUAGAAGCAGAUAAGGAGGUUGAUCCAUAUGAGUUAAAGAAACAAAAAGAAAUUUUAGAGGAUACAGAAAGAUUGUUACCUAUAUUAUACAAUAAAAUCAGACAAUUUAAAGAAGAUUUAGAAGAAUAUUUAAAAACAUAUGAAGGUGAUGAAAACACUGAUCUGGCUGUGACUAUGGUUUCCAAAGCCAAUGAUAUGUUAGCAUCAAAGGUAUGA